UGGAGGGACGCUCUGAGCAUGUGCAGAGCAGCUCGGCGGCGGCUGCCUGGGCCAGAGUCUGGGGCCCGGUGCUGAUGCGAAGAGCCGCGCCGGCCGCCGCCCCAGCUCGCUGCGCGUCCCCGGCCGCGGUGGCCGAGCCGGAGCCCUAAGCCUCCCCGCGGCCCCGGGAGCCGACCGCCGCGCGCGCACCCCGCAGCGUCCUCGGCGGCGGUGCUGCCGCGGGAGCCCACGAUGAUGGCGGAGCAGGUGAAAUGCGUCUCGCCGGGGGGCGGCUCCGGCGCGGGCUCCGGGCCCGUGGUGAACGCCGAGCUGGAGGUGAAGAAGCUGCAGGAGCUGGUGCGCAAGCUGGAGAAGCAGAACGAGCAGUUGCGGAGCCGCGCGGCCAGCGCGGCCGCCGCCCCGCACCUGCUGCUGCUGCCCUCGCCGCCGCCCGCCGCACCGCCCCCUGCCGGGGCCUGCAGCCCGCUGAGUCCGCGGAGCCCCCCGGCCGCGGCCGCCGCUGCCUCGGGGGGCCUGGCUCUCGGCUUGGCGCUGGGCGCCGGGGGCGGCGGAGGAGGCGGCACCAGCAGCGGUGGCAGCAGCGGCAGCAGCGGCGGCGGCUCCAGCCCCGCGUUCCCGGGCACCUACUGCCUGCCCAGCCCGGCGCCCUCCCUGCUCUGCAGCCUGGCGCAGCCCCCCGAGGCGCCCUUCGUCUACUUCAAGCCCGCCGCGGGCUUUUUCGGCGCGGGCGGCGGCGGGCCGGAGCCGGGGGUCGCGGGCUCGCCGCCGGGGGUCGCCGCCACGCCGCCCUCGCCGCCCCCCACGCUGCUCGACGAGGUGGAGCCGCUGGACCUGGACAGCGUGGCCGCCUGGCGGGACGGAGACAACUACACCUGGUUAUAUGUUGGCUCUUCCAAGACAUUCACAUCGUCUGAAAAAUCCCUGAAUCCUUUGCAGUGGUGUAGACAUGUCCUCGAUAAUCCGACUCCGGAGAUGGAAGCAGGAAGGCGUUCCCUGUGCUUCAGACUGGAGCAAGCUAACCGAUGGCGGAGUCUCUUCUCUUCAAAUGUCUCCCUGGCUUUUCCCUAUAGUCCUGUUGCAAGACUCAGCCCUUAUAGCAAUGGCAUUAAUACUUCCAGCUUCUCUAAAACUUCAAAUAAAGCAAUACUAACACCUGAACGAACAGGUUAUACCUCCAGGGGGUCCCCCCUCAGUCCCCAGUCAUCAAUCGACAGUGAGCUGAGCACUUCCGAAUUGGAGGAUGACUCGAUCUCCAUGGGUUAUAAGCUACAGGACCUCACUGACGUACAGAUCAUGGCACGUCUGCAGGAAGAAAGUCUCAGGCAAGAUUAUGCUUCUACGUCAGCAUCAGUGUCAAGACACAGUUCCAGUGUGUCCUUGAAUUCGGGAAAGAAGGGGACUUGCAGUGAUCAAGAAUUUGAUCGCUUUAGCCUGGAGGAUGAGGAAGAAUUUGAUCAUUUGCCACCACCCCAGCCUCGCCUUCCCAGGUGUGCAACUUUCCAAAGAGGAAUCCCCCAUUCCCAGACUUUCUCCAGCAUCCGGGACUGUCGAAGGAGCCCCAGUUCCCAGUAUUUCCCUUCCAGCAGUUACCAGCAGCAGCAGCAACAGCAGUAUUACUCACCUCAAGCCCAAACUCCAGAUCAGCAACCAAAUAGGACUAGUGCAGACAAGCUCCGGAGAAGCAUGCCCAACCUUGCCCGCAUGCCCAGCACCACCACUGUCAGCAGCAGCGUCACUUCUCCAGUCACCGUGCGAAAUAGUCAGAGUUUCGACUCCAGUUUGCACGGAGCUGGAAACGGAAUUUCAAGGAUACAGUCUUGUAUUCCAUCCCCAGGGCAGCUGCAGCACCGGAUCCACAGCGUGGGGCACUUCCCGGUAUCGGCCCGGCAGCCCCUGAAAGCCACAGCCUAUGUGAGCCCCACGGUGCAGGGCAGCAACAGCUUGCCCUCGUCCAACAGUGGCCUGCAGCUCUACCCAUCCACGGGCAUCCCUGCCCCCAGCAAAGCCGCGUCCUCUGGGAUCGGGCCCCGCAGCUCGCUUCCCAGACCCUCUUUGGCAAUAAAUGGAAGUAACCUGCCUCGAAGCAAAAUUGCACAGCCUGUGAGAAGUUUCCUUCAGCCUCCAAAGCCUCUGUCUUCGCUCAGCACUCUGAGGGAUGGAAAUUGGAGAGAUGGUUGCUACUGAUGCUGUUCUAUUCUGCCCUUGGAGUGCGGAAAGGAAGUGUGGAAAUGAGGGUGGUGUUACCUAGCGGGCUGGGUAACAGUGGGUGUCGGGGAUAUUCUUUCCCUUUUGCAUUUUAACAUUACUGCAUUGUUUUUCAAUGGACCAAUCACCAGAGACUAAUUAUUGCACUUAAAUAUUUGCCUGAGGUACUGCAGCAUUCUCCAAACCCACAAUUGCAGUAUUGUGACACUUAGAUCUAGGAAGUUUUUGUAGAACUGCUACGUAUCUGGAAUACUUUUUUUGAGAGAAUCAAGAUGUAUCAGUAAUUCUUUCUUUGCCAUAUGAUUUUUUUUUUAAAGAAACCUGUUCACUGUACUUACAUGUUCUAAACAUCUUCACAUUCCAUGUUCUGUAUUUUAAUACUCUGCAUAUCUACCACUAGGUUCUAUGAUACAUGCUUUGGACUUUACUUUUUUAUAGUUUACAGGAAUUUUUAUUUUUUGUGCCUAUUUCUUUUUACACCUAUGUGAACCAUGACGAAACACCUUAAAUUUUGUGCCAUAAAAAUAUUUUUGUGGUAAGGUACUAUUUUUUUAGCUCUAGCGAUAUAUCAACAAAAAUUCACCAUUCCAAUUUGAGAGACACAAUGUUAUGUUGAAAGAGCACAACAUAAUCUGAAGCAUUGCCAGGAGAUAGCCAGACAGCAGUUUUUAAGUUUCGUCAUUUUCAUUAUUAAUUUAUUGUCAUACCUGGGUUUCAUAUUUUACAGUGGCAUCACAGGCUCAAUGAACUCAGUACCUGCGAUGAUUACUACUGGACCACCAUUGGUUUUUAAUACUUUAUUACAGAGGAUGAAACUGUAAUGUUUUAUUAACAAUGCUUCUGGAAAUGAAUGCAUUUUAAAGCAAAUAAAUCUUUUUGAUAGACCUUUUACAAAAUCCAUUUGCACUAACGAAUGCUUUCUUAUGGGAUAUGACUUAAUAUUUGUUACUGUGUACACUGCUGUUUUGGAAUGUUCAGAAAUAAAGACUAUUUCAGC